AUGCAAUUAUCCAGGUCAUGUCAAAAAAACUCUAGUUGUGCUGUCAUUAAAGAAUAUCGUUCAAAAGUGAUUUCUGAAAUUCAGCAUCAUCCAGAACGUCUACCACCAAAUGUGCAGUUAUUUAUUCCUUCACAACAUCGUGAUCCACGUGAAAGAAGUAAAGUAAUUUAUAAUAACAAAGUAACAAAUCAUCAAUCACAAAUCAAACAACCAUAG